AUGGGCAAGAAGCAUAAGAAACAUAGGUCGGAGUGGAGGUCCUACGAUGCAGAGUAUGAAGAUAAGCCCCUUCAAAAACCGUUAAAGCUGGUCCUUAAAGUGGGAGGAAGCGAAGUGACGGAACUCUCUGGGUCGGGACACGACUCAAGCUACUAUGACGAUCGGUCGGAUCACGAGCAACGAGACCGUCAUAAGGAAAAGAAGAAAAAAAAGAAAAAGAAAUCUGAAAAAGAGAAAGAUAAACAUUUGGAUGAUGAAGAGAGGAGCAGACGGAAGGAAGAGAAGAAAAGAAAGCGAGAAAAGGAACUCAAUGAUUCUCAUGGCGAAACAGAGUACUUUGAGCCAGGGAAAAAAGUUGAGGUUGAAUCCCCAACGGAACAUCCAGUCAGAACAGGAAGUUCUGAAAGCAGUCCAAUUCAGCAGCUCCUGGAAUAUUUCCUCAACCAGCUCCAACAGAAAGACCCACAUGGGUUUUUUGCCUUUCCAGUCACUGAUCAAAUUGCCCCCGGCUAUUUCAUGAUUAUAAAGCAUCCUAUGGAUUUUAGCACUAUGAGAGAGAAAAUUACCACAAACGAAUACAAAUCGAUCACGGAGUUUAAGGCAGACUUUAAGCUCAUGUGUGAAAAUGCAAUGACUUACAACAGUCCAGAAACUGUAUACUACAAGCUAGCCAAGAAGCUUCUUCACACUGGCUUUAAAAUGAUGAGUAAACAGGCUGUUGUUUUAGGGGAUGAGGAAACACAAGUUGAGGAACUUGUUCCUGAGAACAUCGCACCGGUACCCGUUGAGACUACAAAGAAGCACAAAAAGCCAACAAAGGAAGUAAUAACGUGUAUAUUUGAGCCUGAAGGUAAUGCAUGUAGUUUAACAGACAGCACUGCUGAGGAACACGUUUUGGCUCUUGUUGAACACGCAGCUGAUGAGGCACGGGAUAAGAUCAACCGAGAACUACCAAACUCCAAAAUUGGCUUCCUCAAAAAGAAUGCCGAUGGGACACUUCUCUAUUCCGUUGUCAACCCAGAUCCAGACAACGUAGAAGAAGAAACCCAUCCAGUGGAUUUCAGCUCUCUCUCUAGCAAAUUAUUACCUAGUUUUACAACACUUGGGUUCAAAGAUGACCGUAGCCAUAAAGUCACAUUUCUUAACAGUGCGAGCACCUCGCUAUCUUUACAAAACAACACGCUCUUCACUGACCUAAAGCCAGAUGAAAUGGAGUUAAUGUAUGCUGGUUAUGGCGAUGAGACCGGAAUACAGUGUGCAUUGAGUCUUCAGGAGUUUGUGAAAGACUGUGGUGGUUAUGCAAAGAAGAUCGUAAAUGACCUUCUGGACCAGAUAACUGGAGGCGAUCACUCCCAAACUAUUUAUCAAAUAAAGCAGAGGAGUAGUCUCCAGGGACGACUUCAAGAAGAUAUGAAAAUGCCACUUGUAAUGAUCAAAGAGGAGCCUAGAAUGCAUCCACUAUGUCCAGAAUCUAACUCUAAGCACAUGAUGAUGGGAGACCCUUUGAGGGAUGGCAGCCACUCUGUCCCAGACUUUAUAGCUAUCAAGCAGUACUCUGAUAUGUCUCUUGAUAUGAUAAACAGUUUGGGUAAAGUCAAGAAAGAGCUUGACCACGAUGAUACUCAUUUAAAUUUAGAUGACACAGCCAAACUCUUGCAUGAGUUUCAUGAUGUACACCCAGAACGAAUUGGCUCUAGGUUAUCUUCUAAUAUAAUUUCUCUGUCCAACAAUUCCGAUCGAGAUCACCACCACCACCACCACCAUCAUCAUCUUGGAAGUCCUCAACUCAGCAUUGGGGAACAGCAAGACAUUCCCGACCCAUAUGAAUUCCUUGAAUCUCCAGACCCUGAUAGUACAAAUUAA